AUGUUGUCGAUCACGUCCUUCCCGCGCCGCUUUGCGACCUCCAACAAACGCCACUUCGCCCGCGCGCUCUCCACUGUGUCGACGUCGACGGGGCCACUCGGUCAUCACCAGAAGGCUCCGAAGGAGUUGCCUCGCCGUGACCGCGCUCAGCACGUACACAUGCGGGCGCGCCAGAACACAAAGGACGAGGUGGCAAUCACGAUCGAGGCCGCCGCUGGGCUCCAGCCUGAGGUUGAAUGGUACACAACGACGCCACGCACGCCGUUCAAUGACCCGACUUUUCCCGGUCUCCUCGAUGACGGUCGACUGCACUCGGUCGCCAUGACGAACCUCGCGACGUGCACGCGCCAAGACGUUCUCGACUACUUGGACAACACGUGGGCACUCACGGACAUGCUGUUCUCAAGCUUUCAGAACGAAGAGGCCUUUAUCGUCCCGCCGCCGCACGGGCUCCGUCACCCGAUGGCCUUUUACUACGGCCACCCGACCUGCUUUUACGUCAAUAAGUUCCGCCUCGCGGGCCUGCUUCAGGGUCCCGUGAACCCGGCAUUUGAGGACCUCUUUGAAGUCGGCGUGGACGAGAUGCGCUGGGACGACAUGUCCAAGAACGAGAAGGAGUGGCCAUCCCUCCACGAGAUGCAAGCGUAUCGGCGCCAGGUGUACGGCCUUGUCAAAUCGAUUGUUCUCUCGCACCCAGAGCUCGAGGACGGUCACGCGCCGAUCACGCCGACGUCGCAAACGUGGGCGCUCUUCAUGGCCAUGGAGCACGACCGUAUCCACCUUGAGACAUCGUCGAUGCUCAUGCAAGAGCACGAUGUUGACAACUUUCAAAAGCCGGCGCUCUUCCCCGCGUACCACGAAAGCGCCGCCCACGUCCGAUCCAAGGUGCCUGUCGAGAACAUCGACUAUCCCGUCAACCCGAUGGUCGCUGUCGCCGGUGGCGCUGUGCACUUGGGGAAGGACACAAGUUACCCGUCGUUCGGCUGGGACAACGAGUACGGCGCGAAGGAUGUUGUCGUCGGGCCGUUCCGCGCAUCGUCGCAGCUCGUGUCGAACGGCGAGUUUUGGCAGUUUGUCAAGGACUCGGGGUACCUCAACCCCUCGCACUGGACGACGACGGGGUGGGCGUGGCGCUCGUACCGCAACACGAAAUGGCCGGCGUUCUGGCGCCCAGAUGGUCCGCAAGGCAGCCACGAAUACAAGCUUCGAGCCAUUUUUGACGAGAUUCCGAUGCAAUGGAACUGGCCGGCGCAGGUCAACCUGCACGAAGCGCACGCGUACUGCAAGUGGAAGCAAGCCAAAGAUGCAGCGCCCGAUGAAGUGUACCACGUGCUCACGGAGCCAAUGCAUCACCUCUUGCGCGAGCAGCACGAGCGGGCCAACGACCUAAGCGACGCAAUCUUGGACCUGCCGGCGGCUGAGACCAUGGCGACUGCGGCAGGACGCAACACGAACGUGGCGUUUGCGAGCUUCACGCCUGUUGACGCUCAACCCGCCAACAGCAACGGCUUCCACGAUGUCUUUGGCAACGCGUGGGAGUGGUGCGAGGACCGUAUGAGCCCGCUCCCAGGCUUUGAGAUCCACCCGGUCUACGACGACUUCACAGUGCCGUGCUUUGACGGGGAGCACCACGUGAUCAUGGGCGGCUCGUACAUGAGCAGCGGCGACAACGGCGGCUCCAAGUUUGCGCGGUACCACUUCCGGCCGCACUUCUUUCAGCAUGCUGGCUUUCGCGUCGCUGCAUCGCCCGUGGAUGCUGCGAACGAUAGCUACGAGCUCGUGACCUCGUGCCUUAACGCGCCCGAGCCCCACGCCAAGCCGCAGCCAUACCGGACGUCGUCUAUCGUGUCGCUUCAGAGUGCCGGUGGCUCUGUCUUUCUCACAAAGCUCGAACAGCAAGCCGCUGCGGCUUGGCGCGACUUCACCGCGGGCGUCGCACUCUACAAAUUGCCCACGAACGCAACCAUGGUGGACGCGGCAGCCGCUGUCGCAUCUGGUGAGAUGGUGCUCGUGACCGACGACGCGCUCGCAAAGCAGCUACACUGCGCCGGCGCCGCGACACUUGUCAAGGAGCAGUG